UCCGGCUAAGGCCGACAGGCGGAGGUACCGCCAACGUAUCGGACAGGCCCAGCAACUCACCAGCGCGUUCCGCAGAAGUCCGCGUCUGCUAGUGCGGGGGCUGCCGCUAUGUCCGGAACGCACCCGCCUCGCGAGGCCUACGGCGACCUUGCGCGAGACUUGACUCUCUCGCGAGAGGACUUCUAGCGCCUGCGCAGAACUGAAGACACUCGGAUGCCGACAGAUUCAAAUCAGUGGCGGGAGGCUCUGAAACGCGCGUCGUGGUCUGCUGGCUCCUGGAGUGCGCCGGCCCCGCUGCGCUCACCGAUGGACCCGAUCCGGAGCUUCUGCGGGAAGCUGCGGUCUCUGGCCAGCACCCUGGACUGCGAGACGGCCCGGCUGCAGCGAGCGCUGGACAGAGAGGAAAGCGAUUUUGAAGAUUAUCCAGUGAGAAUUUUACAUGACCUUCAUUCAGAAGUCCAGACUCUAAAGGAUGAUGUUAAUAUUCUUCUUCAUAAAGCAAGAUCGGAAAGUCAAGAAAGCAUUGGUUUCAUAAAGGCAACAAAAAUAUUGAUGGAAAAAAAUUCAAUGGAUAUUAUAAAAAUAAGAGAGGUUUUCCAGAAGUAUGGAUAUAAUCCACGUGUCAAGAAAAAUUCAGUGUGUGAGCAAGAAGUCAUUGACUCUACUCCAGAGUUGUCUAACUGUGAAAUUUUUCAAAAGCCUGAUGUGAAAGAUGAUCUUUGUGAUCCUACUGUUGCAAGCAGUUCUAUUUCUGAGAAGUCUCCACGUAGUCCGCAACUUUCAGAUUUUGGACUUGAGCGGUACAUGAUAUCCCAAGUUCUACCAAAACCUUCACAGGCAGUAAACAACCAGAAGGAAGAGCCCAAAAUUAUAACUCCAGCUACCAGACAAUCACCAGUUAAAGUACUAAAAACUCCAAAAUGUGCACUAAAGAUGGAUGAUUUUGAGUGUGUAACUCCUAAAUUAGAGCACUUUGGUAUCUCCGAAUAUACUAUAUGUUUAAAUGAAGAUUAUACAAUGGGACUUAAAAAUGUGAAGAAUAAGAAAAGUGAGAAGGCCAUAGAAACAGAAUCCAUGACCAGUGAUAAUUAUUUUGCUACUCCUGGCCCCAUAAUCCAGAGGUUGGAAAAAAGUGAUGCUGAGUAUACAAAUUCUCCCUUGGCACCUACAUUCUGCACUCCUGGUUUGAAAAUUCCUUCUACAAAGAACAGCACGGCUUUGGUAUCCACAAAUUAUUCACUAUCAAAAACAAAUAGUUCAUCAAAUGAUUUGGAAGUUAAAGAUUGUACUUCAAUAAUUUUAAAUUCAGACAAGUGCUUUGAGAAUUUUGCAGAUCCCUCUUCUCCUACGAUUUCUUCUUAUGAGAAUCUGCUCAGAACACCUACACCUCCAGAAGUAACUACAAUUCCAGAAGAUAUUCUCCAGAUUUUAUCAAAAUACAACUCAAACCUAGCUACUCCAGUAGCAGUUGAAGCAGUGCUACCUGGCAAAGGGUUCCUUAAAUAAGAAGGACAGAAUAUCCGAGAUAUUGGCAACAAAGAAAACUGAAAUUCUAGUGCAUUCAUCCAUUACAGAAACUGAACAGUGUGAUAUCAAACAGCUGGACUUACUUUGUUAUUCCCACUUCCCUACCUCUUUCCCCCUUUUUCAAACCAACUCAUUUCAGAGAAGAACAUGGAUAUUGACAUAAUCAUAUGCUUUUUGUGAUGUUUUGAUUUGGCUUAACCUCAGUCUUGUUGACAUGUGGUUCAUUUAGUUUUGAGGAAUAUUACUGUUUCAUUGUUAUUAAAUUAUUCUGCAUAAUCUAACAGAAUGGUUUAAGUAAUAUCAGGAAGUAGGACAAAUAACUGUAAAAGUAUAAAUGCUGCUGUUUGCUACUCAGAUGCGGCAGCCCUGACCUUCCUGUAGCCAGGCAGUCACUGCUGCCUACCAGCUCUGCCUUUCUCUCAUCUCCCCUGGGAGAGUCCCAGAGCCUUUCACACCUUUUAUUUCAAGACUCUUUUAAGACUCUGUUGCUAUUUGCAAGUGACAGAAACACAGCUUACACUUAGGAAAAGAGGGGAAUUUCUGGGCCAGGGUAACGCACUAUAACUGUUGGAGGUGAAGGGAGGCCCCAGACAGUUGGGAUCCGGGACUCAGUGUUGUCAGCUUGUUUGUUUUUCUUCUCUUUUCCCCCAGCUUUUUACUAUUGGUUUUGUUCUCUCCCAUCAGUUCCUCCCACCCAUGGCUGUUGGCCUCUCAGCCUCUGCUCUGCACCUUGGCCACCCCUCUGUGGAAGUUUUGAUGGCUUGUCCUGGGUCAGGGGCACUCCGGCAGACUGUCAGCUGUGGCCAGGAGCCUCUGGAGCUCCCUGGCAGCUUCAGACUGCCCAGUCCAUGGAGCCCAAGAUCCUUCCAGUUUAAGUACAACUGGAAAGUAAUUAUCUAAUUAAGUUCUGUUGGAGAACUUGUCAAAUUACAGCCAAUGGGAAAAUAAGGAUCUAGCUUACUGUGGAGACCAGUUUAAAAUGUGAGAAGAAACUGAUAAGUAUCAUGACAAAGUGCUUCAAAGGCUUAGCUUUGGGAAAUUUGAUGCAGUAAAUAAAGAUUACCCAUUUUCA